CACACCAUAACCACCAUGCUCAAGAUGGUACAUCAAGUAUAUCAGUUUUAUAUUAUCCUAGCAAGAAUCGGCGCGACAAGUGCUGCAUUCAAUAAUUUAAUCCAUGAUCCCUUUGCUCAGCUGCUGGAAGACCGAGCGCAACAUGACGUGCUGGGCGAUGUCGAGCAUUUCGCGACUGGCCUACUGGAUCACCAAAAGGACGCCGCACAACACUUAUCAAGCUCAAGCGGCCCAAGGAGCUUCUCACACCCCUCUGUUCCUUCUCCGGAAUUUAAUUUCCAGACAACGUGGCCAACUUUCCCCGAAGCUGAUGAGAAACUUUGGCCGUGGCUAAAUGAAUUUGAUCAACUCUUGCCCUCAAUGAAUAUUUUUCCAAAACCUCCAGAGUACUCGACUCAGGACACCAGAUAUCCAUCGAACUAUGACAGGCAAAUAAGCAAUACUGAAUCACAUGGACAAAUCCGCGGCUUGUUUCGCGAGGGAGCUUCCCAAUCGAUCAGACACCAUGAGAAUCCAACUGAAAAAUUCCAGGGAUCCGCAAAGAAACCCCAGCUACCGAGUCAAGAAGUUCAGAGACCAAGCAAAAAAUCCUGGGCUUCACGUUUAGAAUCCGAGAAAGAAAGCAAAAAAAGAAAGCUAGGUGAUUUUGAUGAUCCCAACAAACUUAACAAAAACCCUGGCCUUCAGAUCAAGACCACAGAUGAUAGGGCUACAAGGGAUAUAUUUCCAACAUGGAAUUUUGAUUGGGAUGCGUUUUUUGAUUCGAAGGACCCUGCAAGAGGACUGGAAGAACACCCCUCUCGUGAAUCUCAAGACUACUCGUCUGCGGUGUCCAGCUUGCCAUCCAACUCCAACAACCCGUCAAUAGAAAACAAUCCAUUUAAAACACUCACAGACAGUAGUGUAGUAGUGAUUGAAGACCCUCACAAAUCAAACGGACGAUCUCAGAAUCAAAUAGAAUCUCAGUUCUCAGGAGGUAAACCUGCAAAAUUUGGAAAACAGUCUGAUCAGUCGAUCGUAAAAUCACAGAAUCUGAUCUAUCAAUCACCAAAAUUUGACGAAAGAACCAAGGAAGAGUUCGAAAUCUCCCGGAGAGCGGCAAUUAAAUUUAGUCAGAAAUCCGAAAAACGAAAGUUGUUCAAUUUCGAAGAUCCAGAAUGGAGGAAAGAGAUGACGAAGAAGAUUAUGAAUGAAGUUCCUGUCUCGGGUCAAAAUGACCAGCUACCAAGAUUGAGCUUUGAUCGGAAUGCAUUUUUUCUUGAAUCUCAAAGUGGAAAAUCAACGAUACAAUUACAUGCUUUAUCCCCGAUGUUUCGCACCAUGAAGAUACAUGAAGGUCAAAAAAUGAGCAUACCUGAAGCUGAAGUCACACUUUUCUUAAGGCGUUCAUACAAUCCUCGGUAUUACAAGGACGACGAAUACCAGGCGUGGAAAGAGAAAGUGCAAAUAUUUUUGCAGCAUCAAGAACUCUGGGCAAAGUAUUGGAAUCAACUGAAAAUGGAGUCUUGUUUCAAGGAAAUCGGACACAAGAAACUCAAGGAGAUAUUUCCACUUUACCUGUUUUACAUUUCGAUGAUUAAUUCGAUCAUACCAAGAGCUGUUGGUCAAGAGUUGAGCGAAGAAGACGAAUUGAAAUCAGCUGCUCUGACGUUCAUCAAUUAUGCCCAAGGAAUCGAGAAGUACGUGAAUAAUCGCCACACAGCUCAAAUAAAGUGGACACUUAUGGAAGAAAAACGACUAGACUACUUCCAACGUCUUCUCAGAGAAGAUACCAAGGGUAGCAGGGUAAGGAUCAAUCUUUGGGCAUUUCUGGACGUUUGGAUGGAAAACAAUAGGCCGCUUCUCUUUUCUACAAAUCAAACUCUAACCGGAAUGUUCACUCAGAAGGGAAGGAAGUUCUUCAACCAGAUCUUCAUUUCAUCCAUUGAGAAUCUGAUCAAAUACUAUGAAAAAUUGAAUGCUGAAAGCUUAUUGAAAACAAGAUGA